AUGACACGAUUACUGAUCGUGUUGAACUUGUUCAGAUCAAGAAAUGCUAGAAGGAAUACAGCUCUGUUGGCUCUGUUCUUGGUGUCAUGCAUGUGUGUCUGGUUGCGAAAGAGACGAUGGUUCAUAUUCAUACUGUCAUUCAUACUGCCUGAAUCUCUGCUACAAUACAUCGACACUGAACACUUUAUGUCUGGCCAGACGCCAUCACCUUCAUUGUCGUCCACGCCGUCAAAGGGCCGACUGUCACCGUCAUUGUCUCCAUCAAACGAUCAACCAACAUCAAGAUACGAGCAUCACUCAUCAAAGCAUGACCCGAUCAGCAACAGCUAUACAACGUCAUCGUCAACGACCUUGAUCACAAAGUACAAGCCACCUCCCAGAGUAGCACUCAACUCACUGCAGCGCAAGAGGGUCACGCUGUCAACUGUAGAUACAGUAUAUUAUGAACAUAUAUCAGAUAGAAAGGUGUCCAAUUACAAGUUAAUAGAGUCUGAGCGCGACACCUUGCUACGUCUGGCAGCUGCUGCCGAUCUAUAUCUUAUCACACAGGUCGAUGAGGACAAAGAGGAGGAGCAAGUAGCAAGCCUACUAAAGUCCACUGGAGUGUUUGAAGCUGGUUUGAAUCCACAUAAACUGAUAUUCUGUUCGACAGCACAAGGCAGAGGACAUAUAUCAAGACACCUGGAAGCAUAUCUACACAUUGAUGAUGAUAAGACUGUUUUGUCAUCUUUGAAACCUUAUGUACAACAUCUACUACAUGUGUUUGAUAUCAAUGCCGAUACAUCGACGACGACCACUACAACCACAACGACUACAACCUUGUCCUCAUCUACAAUACUAUCUACAACAACUACAUCAAACAUCAAUGGCAGCAGCAAUGGUAGCAACAUAAAUGGAAGCACCAUUAAUGGUAAUAGCAAUGGCAAUGUCAAUGGCAACAGCAAUGGGAACAAUAAUGUCAAUGGCAAGGAUUCGGACAAUCAAAGGAUAUACACAUGUCCAUCAAUGCAUGAAUACUUCAAAUAA